UCUAUAGUGCAAGGGAUGCUUCCUACUGUAGAAUUAGUGAGCAGCCCCUGGGAACAUGGGAAGACUUUAAAGAAAAACAGGUGGGCAAUAAAUACUGAACUGCGUCUGGCUCUGGGCUUGAGCACACUGCAUGGAGCAGAGUAAAAGAUUGAGUGCAAGUAAAUGGAUUUUUAGAAGGGCAGGAGAUUGCAUUGGUAGGUGUCAGGGUGUACAAACGAUAUGCAAGUCUGGCAAGGCUGAGAAUGACCUAGAUCUGAGAGAUGCCAGGUGGAGGUUGUCCACUGAAAAGAAUCAUCCAUCAAAUGUAGAUAGUUCUGUGCCAGAGGAAGCUUUUCAGAGGUAUGCAUCUCUGUUUUACAGAUUCAGAGAAGGAGCUGGGAUAAAGGGCUUACGUAAGAGGAAGCAAUGAAUCCUUGUUGAAGCAUCAGACAGCAGUGCUCGGUGCCAAGCCUGAGGAAGACUGCUGUGCAGAGGUGAAGGAGCUGGCGUGUAUUCUUCAGCUGAGGAGCUGUUGGCCAGAUGCUGCUCGAUGUUGACAGGAGAAAGCUGAUUUGGAGACAAGCGGCCAGAAAUGUUUGGACACGUCGUCACUUUGGAUCUGUAACCCGCUUUCGGAGCCACGCAAGUGGGAGGAUGUCAAGCACAGCUCCAUCAAAGAAGCCUUACCGCAAGGCACCCCCGCAGCAUCGCGAGAUCCGCCAUGAGGUACCCAUCAUUCGUGACGACCAGGAUGGAGUGAUCUUGGCUGAGCAGAGUCAGCUAUUACAGACACACCAUCUGUGUGCUAAACCUGGGCAGAAGCAUGCAGUGGAGCUGAACUACCCAGAGAAAGGAUCCUUCUCCACUCCAACACGCUGGAGUCGAGAGGAGGGACCUACCCCAUCUAGACCCUCCCCUUCCUUCAGCCUGGCACUAAACAAGGAACCCUUGACGGAUGCAGAAAGGAUGAAGCUACUGCAGCAUGAGAACGAGGAGCUGCGCCGACGGCUGACAUAUGUGACUAACAAAAUGGAGGCGAUGGAGAGGGAGCUGGAGUCGGGUCAGGACUACCUGGAGAUGGAGCUGGGCCAGAACCGGGAGGAGCUGGAAAAAUUCAAGGACAAAUUCCGUAGGUUGCAGAACAGCUACACUGCUUCCCAGAGAACCAACCAAGACCUGGAGGAGAAGCUGCAUGCCCUGAUUAAAAAGGCAGAGAUGGACCGCAAGACGCUGGACUGGGAGAUUGUAGAGCUCACUAAUAAAUUGCUUGAUGCCAAAACCACCAUCAAUAAGCUGGAGGAACUCAACGAACGCUAUCGACAGGACUGUAAUCUUGCAGUACAGCUGCUCAAGUGUAACAAGUCCCACUUCAGGAACCACAAGUUUGCUGAUCUUCCCUAUGAGCUGCAGGACAUGGUCAAUAAGCAUUUGCACAGCACUCAGGAGUCCACAGGCCCUGGUCAAGAGGCAACCCACACCUUGGCUCCUUCUGAUGUUGUACCCACCUCAGUCAUUGCCAGAGUCUUGGAGAAACCAGAAUCUCUGGUUCUGAACUCAGCCAAGUCUAGCAGUGGCAGCUGUCCCAUGGCUGAGGAUGUCUUUGUGCAUGUGGACAUGAGUGGAGCCCCUCCUGAUGCCUGCAACAAUGCAGGGCAGGUGGGGAAGGAGGGAGGAGAUGUGGGGAAGCAGCAGAAUGGUGGCUGCAAGCCGCAGAGCAGUGUGGAAAGCAUGCCGGAGGAGGUGCCUGCCUUUGAAAAGCUAAGCCCAUACCCUACACCCUCACCUCCCCAUCCUAUGUACCCUGGGCGCAAAGUGAUUGAGUUCUCUGAGGACAAGGUAAGAAUCCCUAAGAACAGCCCCUUGCCCAACUGUACCUAUGCUACGCGCCAGGCCAUUUCCCUCAGCCUGGUACAGAGCGAAGAUGAGAGCUGCGACAGGCACCGAAUGCUCCCCAACAGCCCUGCUUCAGAAGGGCGCCGUUCGGCCUCCAGCUGCUCCUGUCAGCAGUCCCCCAAAGCAGCCAGGGCUCACGGCUCUUCCCAGAGCAGCCCAUUCAGCAGCCCUCCCCAAAUCCCGAGCGCUUUUGCCAGCUCUGCCAGCUCCGAGGAGGACCUGCUGGCCAACUGGCAGCGUAUGUUUGUGGACAAGGCACCCCCCACCUCAGAGCGGGUGCUGAUGAACCGCACAGCCUUCAGCCGUGACACAGCCCCUGAGCUCCAGAAGAGGUUCAGCUGCUCCAUGCAGGAGCUGGGUAGGGCAGCCUCGGCUUACUCGGAUGGUGAGGAGUCUGCGCAGAGCUGCAGCUGGACCGUGAGCCGAGACUCGAGCGUGGACACAGACAGCACCGAGUCCAGAGCCCGCAGGAGCCAUUUCUCCUCGGACUAUGGUACAGAUUUCUCCCAGGAUGAAGCCCAGAAGCUGUUGCAGGAAAGCAGUGGAGGCGCUGCUGAGGCUGGAAGCCCCUCACCAGAGAAGCACAAGGACUAUGUGGACCUUGGCUUGCCUGAGAGCCCAGCUGAGGAGAGAGAAAUGUUGCUCCAGGGAAGCAAGGAGAGCAACCAAGGAGGUACCCAAGAAGAAAGCGGAGAAGGCAGGGUCAAGCCUCCAUUCGGUCGGCCACACCGCAGCCCCAAGAGGAUGGGGGUCCACCACUUACAUCGCAAGGACAGUCUGACGCAAGCGCAGGAGCAGGGCAACCUUCUCAGCUGAGGCAGGGCAAGAAGCAGCCACACGCUGCAGAGCUGUGGGAUGCUUCCAUCUGUCCACCUUCUGAGGGAGAAACCUCCCUUAGUACCCUCCUCCUGGGAGGGGGGCUCUGCUCUGAAAUUUUAUAUUUAUUCUCUUCUUUUGCUACCUGGAAGAGCUGGGGUCUCCUUUCCCCGGCACCUCAGACCCACAGUACUAGCACACACAGCGUGCAGAAGCACACUCACUGCCCCGGCACACUCACAGCUCUCUUCACAGCCUCACACUGGUGCCUGUACCGGAGCUUGUUCUGGGUACCCCUCGUCCUGGUGCCUGUGCCUCUUUAUGCUCACAUCUUCCUUCCCCCUUCCCACUCAGGUACCUGAGGCCCUGGGUGCUCUCAUGCUGGUUGCCCACAGCUGCUCUGCUCUCUUUUAACUUGUGCCAACAGGGCAGAGUGCCUGCGUGGUGGUGUCUGAUUUCUGGGAGCCCGCAGGGGCUGUGAGUGGGGCACGAGGACUCUCCCAGCGGAUGGCUGUGGGCCCCUGGGGAUGUGCUGGGAUUGCUGGUGUCUCAUUUUCCUGCUGGGUUUUGUUUUCCCCGGCUGCCCUCUGGGUGGUUCUCCAGAAUCUGCCUCUGCAGGUCCCCAUCGCUUGGCUCCUGCGUCAGGCUCAGCACCCAGCCCCCGCUGAGGCAACGCACGGAUGCUGGUGCUGCGGCGUGGGGCAUGGGUGCUGUCUGCCGAGGUGGUUCGGGGAGGCACUGCCUUGCUAGGUGCUGGGGUUUGUGUUUGUGCGUCUCCUCCCUCGCACCUCUUCCCCCGCUCUCUGUGCUGUUGUUUUGUUUGAAUGGUGCUGAUGCUUUGCUCUUGG